AUGAAUGGUGCUAUCAACAAUUUCGUAGAAAUUCUCGAAUGCGAAUCAGUGUUAAUCAACAAGCCAACAUCAGCAGCGGCAGAAAUUAACAACGCCUUAUUUAUCAUCGCGCUUUUUCCAGCCGGUUUUGAUUGUGUCCGGCUAAGGUCACUUCCCCGGGCUCAGUUUCUGUUCGCCCACGUUAGACAAAGGCAUAAACCGAACCACUACAGUAUGAAUAAAGCCACGCUAAGCAGCACUCUAGCGGCAGUCGUUUCCAUCCUAAGUCUGGUAGCGACCGGAGAAGCCGGGGCCGGAGGAGGACAAGAAGGCAUCGGAUUUGGAGCCAGUGACGAAGGAGGCGGCUUUCCGGUGGCAACAAGUGCUGCCAAUUACGAUUCCGGUGCCGCCGCUGUCGCCACCGCGGGAACAAAUGGCAGUAAUAUAGUGCUGAUAACGCCAUUAGCUCUGAUGUCGAAACACGGAGGCACUUCCGGUGGCGGAAAACACCACGAGGACGUCUCUCCGGUUACCCUUUCAACAGAGUGGCCCCGAUUGGCACGAUUGCUGCUGCUGGCCAGCCUCUCCGUCAUCGGCAGCAUCGGCAACGUGUUCAUGAUAUCGUCAGUAAUGAUCGAAGACCAUCUGAAAAAAGCAGGUAACGCAUUCAUAGUGAACAUAGCGCUCGCAGAUUUACUAAUCACUAGUGUAGUGAUGCCAGCGUCCACCAUAGUGCUCCUUGCUGGUAUCGACAAUUCGGACACGGAAGUAUGCAAAUUUCAGUGGUUUCUAGCUGCUUGCUCGUUUUUGGUUAGCAUUUUGACCCUAGCAAUGAUGGCGAUUGAAAACUAUUUGCGCCUUUGCACGAGCCAAAACGAACGCAGCUGGUUCAACAAGACCAAUGUGACGGUCAUCCUGCUACUGAUCUGGUUCGUGGCGAGUGUAUCCUCAGGAAUGCAAUUCGUGUAUGACAUCAGCUUCGAUUACUGUGACCGCAAAUCGAACCACAUCGUCCCGUCGGAGGCCGGUUGGAUUGGCCUGAUAGUGCUGCUUCCUUUGCUGCUAACCUUUCUCUCACAUAUUCGAAUCAUCGUCGAUGUGAAGCGUAACAUGAGUCUACCGAACUUUAAGCCAAACCUUGCCUACACAUGGGAUCUCUCGCUGGCACGGACCAAUUUUUACAGCUUCCUUGUGUUCGUACUGUUUUGGUUACCAUUCUGCAUCAUCCUAGCGUAUGGGACAACCAAAAGCGUGCCGAACCGAGUUUUCUACAAUACGGCCUGGAUUGGGCUAUCAAAGUCUUGCUUCCACAACGUGAUCUACUGUCUAACGAAUCGCCAUUUUCGCAGUGCGUACAUCAGUCUAUUCAACUAUUGCUGCUGCAAGACGACGGUUGCCGUGUCCCGGCGGCAACGGAUCGACGGUAGCCGGCCAACGGCCGACGUUAGAGUCCACAUCAUACCCGGUUACAACAUGUACUCGUACACCAGCCCACAACGCUCGGGCAACAGCCAUUGGGGCAAGCGCGAGUGCCACGAAUUAUGA